GCAUUGCAGCAGGUUGUUGCAAGCUUCUGCAGUGUAAUAAUCGCAGAAAUGGCAGGAGCUGCGGCAUCUGUCGGUGUGGCGCUUGCAUGGCUGGGUCUCAUGGCCGCAGCGGCGAGUGCCACGCAGUUCAGGGUCGGAGGAGGCAGAGGCUGGAGCGUGCCGGACGCCAACGCCGAGCCGUACAACUCGUGGGCCGGGAGGAUGAGGUUUCAGAUCGGCGACCAGCUGCUGUUCGUGUACCCGAAGGAGACGGACGCGGUGCUGGUGGUGGACCAGGGGGCGUACAACGCGUGCAACACGUCGGCGGCGGCGACCGCCGGCGGCAGGUUCGACGACGGCAGAACGGUGUUCACGUUCGACCGGUCGGGGCCCUUCUUCUUCAUCAGCGGCAACGAGUCCAACUGCCGCGCCGGGGAGAAGCUCAUUGUCGUCGUCAUGGCAAAUCGCAGCGGCCGCCACGCCAUGCCACCGUCGCCUGCGCCAGCGGCCACCCCGAGCCUAGCACCGUCUCCGGCAGCAUCGGCUCCGAGCCCGUCGACGUCGUCGUCGCCUGCUCCGUCGGUUUCACCUAUGGUGCCGGCCCCUGCAGCCACCCCGGGCUCUGCACCACCGUCGCCGGGAGCUCUCGCACCUGCACCUGCCCCAACGACGACUCCGAGCUCGCCGCCGGCGCCGGCGGCCAUGGCGCCGUCACCGUCAACUACGCCUGGUGGAACCGUGCCACAGCCGCCGCCUGGAACUGACGGGGCGAACGCGACCACGCCGGCGGCGCCUACAGCCAACGACCGGAGCGGCGGUGCUCCGGCGGUGGUGGCAGGCGCCCUGACGUCGCUGGGAGCAUGCAUCAUCGGUUUCGCCAUGCUAGCUAUCUGAAGCAUUCAGCUUGUGCAGUGACGUGUUCUUCUUUUGUGCAGUGUAAAUUAAGUUAAACUGAGUAUGCAUAUUACAGAUACUGUGAAGAGGAUUUAAUUACUGUCUCUGAAUUUGUUUUUUUUUACAUUGGUAGAAUAAUGAAAGUGAAAUAAAAUGUGGUUGUAUUCAAAAAAGAAUUAAAG